AUGUCCACCAGGUCGACAGCAGAGGGGCUGAGCGACUUAGCAAAGGCGGGGGCGAUGGAUGCAGCUGCGUCCAGUAGCGAUGAGGUCCCAUCGGAAAAGCAUUUUCGCCCAAUCGUCUUUCUCCUCAACUCGCACACUCCAAACAACCUCGACGCGCCAACCGUCGCCCAUCUUCUCCAGCCCCGCUUCAGAAAGGGUGACUACUAUGUCGUGGACCUCUCCACCCUCGCUAACCCGAUGGAGACGCCGAACGAAGCUAAGAAAACUUCAGCGACUGACGCCGCAUUACACUCUGGGGCAUCCCCGCCGCAAGACCGCAUUAGCGCGCUCGUGCAGAGCGCACUAGCCAAGAUUGCCGCAACACGCCGAGAGGCAGAGCAGGCGGCGCUGCAGGCGAAGAUAACACAACUGUCCGCCCUUCAGGCAGACUACAUUGAGGACGGCCUGUCAGCUGAAGAGGCGCUGGCUGUCGCAGAGGCAGAGCUGCAGGACGGUUUCGAUUCGGAGGAUGACGAUGACGCAUCUGUCGAGAGCAGCGAUAGCCACUUCAGAUCCGGUGGACGUCUUCCACCGGCCGUGUGUGUGGUGAACGUUCCUCUCUCGUCCACUGCCGUAGCCCGACUGGCAGAAAACGUGGACAGCUUGGCGGCAGUAGUGCUGCUGGAAUCGCAGUGCAGUGUGCGCGAGUUGGUCUCCGCCUCUGCCGCCGGUAGACACAACAGCAGCAGUGUCAGCACAGGGACAAACGCCCCGAAUGACCGAGUGAAGGGGCGUGGCCCACGGACGGGUGCAGCUGUCUCCUCGCUUUCUUCCGCAGGCAAACAGCAAAACCUCUCUGCUACGCCUGGCGGUAGUGCGGAAGAUGUUCUGGGAGCUCUUGGCCGAGCUGCCCUUGCACAACCACACGGCAGCGCCUUUCAGGACGUUCUCCUGCAACAUGUGUCGUAUCCGACGGAGGGCGCGAACGGCGCAGGCGCCAGCCCGCAAUCCCCGGCUGUCUUUCGUCCUUCCGUCCCGGCGGCGCAGUUUUUGUCUACUCUAGAAGCGCUUCUGCUGCGCAUCUUCUCCUCCUGGGUGCGGUACGACGCCUGGCGAGCUAAACGCUUUCUUGUGCCGGUGCCCGACUACACACCUUUACUCGACUCCGAAGCGGCGCUGUCUGCAGUGAUCGUUGAGGAUUCCAUGCCUGCUGCAGCGGCAGCAGAGCAACGCCCCAGCAGAGGCAAGAACACCUCCCCUGGCGGGCGUGAGGGCAGCAUUCCAUUGUCGACCUCAGCUGAACCCCCCACCACGGCGCCGCACCCCUGCACCAUGGCUCAAGUCGCCGCAGAACAGUUUGAGUACAGAGCGUACAUGCAGCGCUGGAUUGGUAGCGUCUCUCAUAGGAGUACUGACAGCGCUCUUGCCGCGGGGGAGGCGGUGCAGGCGUGCCUUCAGGGGUGCAUGUGUCAAGUCACCUCGUCGCACGGCUCAUCCACGCUGCGCACCUCCGCCGACACGUCUGCAGCGCAACUUGGCGAGGACACCGCGGACGCGUGGGCCAAGUGUCGCGUGGCAGUCGCGGUGUCCUCUGGUGCGUCUUUGCGUCCUCCAAAGGACAGUAUCACAGUGGGCUACCGGGACAAGGGGGCUGCGAUCUGCGGUGCAACGCCCAUCUGCGCCCUAGCGGCCCCCGCCAUCCCUGCUGACUCCGUUGAGGAAGCUCUCGCUCACACCGUCACGGCAGAAGUCGGAUCAGCUGUGUUGCCGAGCGUCUCUACAGCACUCGUCACGACAAGCGGAGAUGGAGACGCGUUACACUGGAUGUACGACGCGCUCGUGGCGCGCGACCAACAUGGGUGGCACACUGCUCUGCGAACCUGGGAGAGAACCGCUCUGUACUGUCUGCACCGGCACCCCGGCACCAGCGGCGCACCGCGCACCCAACACACUGCGCACCUCCUCGACUGCCCCACCACCUUUCCCCGCUUCUUUCGUGAGGAGGAUUUCCUUGCAUCGGAGGGGCGUCACUACGCACCGUCGUCCCUCAGCGACGACACAGAGGAGGAUGACGAGUCAGACUCGUUGUCUGAGGAGACGGCGUCAGACUCGAGUCGCGGCGAGACUAAUAGCGCUGCGGAGGAUGCGGCCACUGAGCUGGAACCCCCAGUCAUCCGUGAGCUGCCCCCUCCGCGCCCAACAGUGGACCAUGUAGGUAUCGUGGGACAGCACUUGCGCCGACGGCGUGUGCUGGAACAGGUGCGACUCUCCCACGCUCGGCCUCCUGUGCAAGAGCUGUUGGGUUGCGCUACGCCAUGCCGCGCUGUAGUCACAGAGACGCAGUGGAUGCGUGCUGUCGACGGCACUGUCGUUGAGGUGGCGCGAACCGCUGCGAAUAGUGCACAGGUGCGAUGCGCUAUCAUUGACGCUCGCAUUCACCUUCAAGCCGGGUUCAUGCUGGAGUGUCCGUCGUUGGCCCAUGAUGGCACCACGAAAGUCACUGCCACAGACUCACGCGGAAACACGCCACUGCCAGAGCCGCUCGUCGCAUCGGCAGUCCUUGGGUUUUUGUCAGUAGGACACCAGCUUCGUGUCAUGACGGAGGUGGUCGCCGACAACACACAGGCCUUUGCUCAGGCUGCCUACACUGCAGUCGUCGCAGCCGCCAAGGACGCUGCUCUCGCUCAAUACGAGGCCCAGUUCAGACGUGUCGGAAAGGCCCCAAAGUCGCGUGACAAGGCGACACCUGCGACUCAGCUCACUUUGGAGCAAAUCACCGAGACCCUGCUGGCGGCGCUACCACCACCUCCGCCUUCGCCGCACCCUCAGGACGGCGAUAGGGAGAGCGCCGCAGUGCGGACAAUCAUGCGGGUACACGUCUGCUUCCCUCUGCACGACUGCGUCAUGACGACUACGGUGUCGAAGGCCGGGGUUCCAGGGGUCUACUUCCGGUGCCUGACACCCAGCCAACACAGUGUGCACCUUACGCGGCGCAGACUCCUCUUUGUGCACAUGUGGAACAAUGACAGGCUGAGCGCGACAGCCCUGACACAUCUGCAAGGGAUUCGCGUCUAUCUUGACGGCGUGGUGGAGGUGCACUCACCCGAUCUCGCGUGCGGCGUGCGCCUGCUCCUCUAUACGGAUGGCACAUAUCUUACGGUCUCUGGUGAGUGUCAGCUGCUCGUUUUCCCCGACGGUCGCUUUAUCCUCUACGAGGGCAGCGAAAGCGGACGUGUCGUGCAUAAGCUGCAGCGGGGGCGCGUAACUACAGUCACUGCGCCGGCAGUGACUGCAAUUGCACGGGAAGACGGAGUGCAGUUGGAGAUGGUAGAGCCUGACGGUACCGACGACGUUGAGCAAGCGAGUUCCACCCCCUCCAGCCGAGGCCGCGUUUGUUGCGUCCGCUUUGGCGAGGGCGUAUCAGUGGAACAGGGAGAGAAGGGUGACAAGUGGUCAUGGAGGUUUGCGGGGGUUCCAACAGUGUACUGCGAUGCCACGGCUCAUGAAAUUGCUGUAGCGAUUGAUGAAAACGAAUGCUCCCGGUUUGCCUACCUACCGCGCACAAACUCCUUCUCUCUCUUCGUGAGGGACGGAGAGGCAGAGGGCAUGCGGGUGGCCGCUGAUGUGGCAAUGAACAGCGGCAGCAUCGUUGUCCUCCCGCAAGGCUACGAUUUGCCCACCGCGCACGAGGAGCAGGGCAGCCGCACCGGCGUUUUUGCCGUGGAUUGUGCCUACGGUGGCGUCUACGGACGUGUGGGUACGGACCACGUGUACCGCGUCUCGCCGUUCGGUCGGUGCUAUGAGGAGGUAGAGAGCGGUGGGGCGCCGCAAAAUCGUCAGUUGGUGCUGCCGCAGCACUACCGGAGAUCAAAGAAGAUGGCGGAGGCGGUAGUGGUGCCGGAGUAUGCAAGCCCCAGUUUUCGCCGCAUCGUCACUGGGGAGGACGACAAGUUGGCAACGGUGCCAACCGUAGAGCACGCUGUCCCCCUUCACCUGCAAGUCGCGCCACUGCUCCCCCUCAGGGAACCUUCACGCAUGUCCGCCAGUACUGCCGCCUCUCCCUACAGCGGGCUGGCUCUCCCGCAUCCUGCUGUACAUGCGCCGCUGCAGGUACGCUGUAUUGCACUGCAAGAAAACGGCACGCAAUUCGUGGUACUGGAUGCUGCAUCAUGGAUGGAAUGGACGUCGUGGUGGCAACAACACAGCAGCAACUGGGUCCCUCACUACUCCUCAACACCAUCAAAGGGGGCCCCCCGGGAGGGCGCGCCGGAGGAGCGCGCCUUCAGACUCAUUGGUGCUUCGCGUGCAGGACAGAACUUCGCGCCUCUCACUGCAGCGGGAACAGAGAACGCACCGGCAGAGACCUCUGUGGUGCAGGAUUGCGUGCUGCUGCUGCCUUCUCGUGAGGCUUCCUCGGCACCGGCUUGGUGUAGUGCCGGUAGUCUCACGCCGACUAGUGUCGUGUGGGGCACCGCUGCCGCCGAUGGCGAAGAGGACAACACUGCAGCCAAGGUAGCAGUGGCCCAGACAGCUGAGCCAUUGGACGCUGCCCCACUUUCCUCGACCGUGACGCAAGGAGAUGAGCAGGCGCCACUAGCGAGACCCACGGACUCUCACCUUGUGAGCCGGUUGCCUGCCACAUCAGACCGGCGCGGUGGCUCGCUGAACUACUGGUCGUCUUCGCUUUGCCCGCAGGCGGUGCAGUUCGCUCUGAACAACUCGACAACAGAGGAUGUGAGCAUUAUACCGACAGUACGAGCUCACACAGCGAGUCCGUCAGCCGAUGUUGCCACGUCCAGCGCUGCAGUGGCAUCGUCACCGACAAUACCAGUAGCGGCGCCGAAGAAGACGUUCUCUUCGCCGCCGUCGAGAUUGCCUUUGAUGCGCUCGUAUUACCCUGCGGUGGGCGAGCUCACCGGCACCAACGCCUCUUCACGAUUCCACACUCCACUGCUGGAGGCGCAGCCGAGACAAGUGAACUUUGGCAAGGUGCUUCCUGAGCGCAGGUACUUGGCGACAGUGAGAUUGAUCAACAUCUCGACGGUCCCAUGUCGCUACCGUGUUCGCGUGGGGGCGGUGAUGCGGCCUUUCCUGUCCGUAUACUAUCCACAUCAGUUCGUCGCGCCUGGUAUCACAACAGAGGUGCAGGUUGAGCUGUGUAGUGGCCAGCCUUACGGCGUGGUGGACUCCCAACUCAGCGUCGUGCACGAAGGUGGUGCAAUAGAGAUAAACGUGCGAUGGUGCACAACUGACGAGGCACACACAGCGCAGCUAGGUGACGGCAUAAUGUGUGUUGGCUGGGCGUAUCACAAGCCGGUAGUUCAACAUCCACGCAUGCCGGCACGCAACGCAGGGCAGCCAAAUGAGGCGAGCACACUCUCUGUCUCAGACGUGGCUCUGGACAUGUGUACCGCGUAG